AUGGAUCCCAGAGUCGGUGUCGGAGUUUUUGUGGUGAAUACGGAGGGCAAGUUUAUCAUCGGCAAAAGAAAAGGGAGCCAUGGAGCAGGAACAUGGGCUCUUCCAGGAGGCCAUCUGGAGUUUGGCGAAUCCUUCGAAGACUGUGCGGCACGAGAAAUACUUGAAGAAACUGGCCUGGAAGUUCUCAAGUUGGAGUUCCUGACUGCCACAAACGAUGUCAUGGAGGCUGAAGGGAAACACUACAUCACCAUUUUCAUGCAAGGCAUCGUCAGCAAUGCAUCCCUUCAGCCGCAGCUUUUGGAACCGGAGAAAUGUGACGCCUGGAAAUGGAUCUCGUGGGACGAACUUCGAGCUCAGGGAGAAACCCAGAUAUCCGUGGGCCCAGAGUCUCAAGGGCCGAAGUUGUUCUCACCUCUGAUCGCUUUAUUCCAGCAACGGCCAAAUGUUCGUGUUUAG